AUGCUUGCCCUGAUGGGUCCCUGCGUGGAUAAUCGCACGAUCUCUCCUUCCCUGCUCAUCAACGGCACGGGGUCCUCGGGGGGCUUCUUCUCCAAGAUCAAGGACAACUACAACAGCAAGUUCUCCAACCUUUCCAUCAGCACCAGCACCGAGAAAGACGGCCAGACCGAGGAUGAAACUCUCAUCCACAAUGCCUUUGUCAGGUACUACGAUGCCAGGAACGAGCCGUAUCCCGAAUGGCUAGGUGUCAAGAAGCCACAGCCGGUGCAGAACAGGGCUGCCCAGAACCAGUACCAGAACCAGUACCAGAACCAGUAUCAGGCAGCCCCAAACUCGGGAAACCAGUACCAAAACUCGCAGUUCCAGCCUGUAAGACACAACAACACCUACAACAACUCAUACAACCAGCAACAAGUUCAGGCACAGGCACAGGCACAGGCGCAGGCACAGGCGCAGGCCCAGGCGCAGGCCCAGGAGCCUGCCAAGCCCACGUACCAGUCCAGAGCGUCCUCCAGCAGAUUGCUGGACAUGCAUAAUCGUUCGAAACAGCAGGCUGUCCCUGGCCAAGGCUACAACAGCCAGCCAUACCAACCCAAUAGAAGCAAUAGCACAUCAGUAUCCGGCAAUCGUCUUAGAGAGAGAAUGCUCCAAAAUUCACCUAGCAUGACCCAGCUCUACCAGAACGAAGGUGCCCAAGGACAGGGCGUUGGACAGGGAGCUGGACAACCUGCUCCCAGGGCUACUUGGGGAAGAAGAUAA